UAUGAUAAAAAUUACAAAAUACACAAUAAAUUUAAAAAGCACUUUUGAAGACUUAGAAUCAGUUUUAACAAUGACUCCUAAUGAAUUUGCAGAAAAGUAUUCACAACCUAAAUAAAAAGAGUAAUCAAUAUAUAUUUUAAUCCAGAAAUCAAUUGAUGAGAACAAAUUUUAAAACCAUUAAGUCAGACUUCAUUUGGAUAAGUCUGAUAAAGAUGAAUCUUCAAAAAUAUCUAUUGAAUAGAUUAAUGAAAUAAAUGAACCUAUUCAAUAAAAUGAUAUGAAGUUAGAGAUGAAAAUGACAUAUAAAAUUAAGUCAGAAAAGAAACUUAAACCAGUUAAGAUGAUUAAAAUAAAUAAUAAUCAUUACCUAAAGAUGAAAAAUAAUUCUAAUUAAAAUUAAAUCUCAAAUGUAUUAGAUUGACCGAAAAGCUAAAAUAUUCAAUAUAAUCAAUAAGUGGAAGAGG